CUGAACCUUCUAACUAAAACUGCAUGACUUCUCCGCUACACUACAAAUCUGGGCUGUUAAUAAGAUUUCACUCGAAUUUUAUAUACUUGUUAGAUUGAGUUUAUACGUAAUUCUCGGAAUUUCCUAGGACUUUAUACGUAAGUUUCAAAAUUCUCGGGGGGGCCGGGGCCCCCCCGAGAGCCUACAUAGCUCCGCCCCUGAUAUACCACUCUCUAACACGCCCCCUCAAACGAAAACCAACUCAUGGGCUUGAAGUUUGCACAGGCCCACCAUGCUACGUGCUUGAAAGACAACGGUUAAUAUUGGGGGCCGUGGAGAUUCGAACACAUGACCUUUCAGUUCUAGGCUCUGAUACCAUGUCAUAAACCAGUUGAUCAAAUACCACAACACUAACACGCCCCCUCAAACGAAAGCCACUCACAAGGGCUUGAAGUUUGCACAGGUAUGAAGACAAGAAUACCAUGUGCUUAACAAAUGGGGGUCACCGGUAAUCGAACACAAGACCUUUCGGUCACGGAAGGCUCUGAUACCAUGUCAAGAACCAGUUGGUCCUAAUAACUCGAGUUAUUGGGAAAAGGUUAUACUGGAUCAUAUACCACUCUCUAACACACCGCACUCACUAACUCGUCGCUAAUAAUGGAACUAGUUAAUUACUUAAUUGCUUAAUUAAUACUCAAAUGCAAGUAGCUCGGCUAGCUAGGGCCUCCCCCACAAAAGAUCCCCCGAUUUCCACCGAAAGAUCUUCCCAAAAAAUCUCUAUUUGAAUGAAUACGUUCUCAAAAUUAUGGCUAUCGACAAUAAUUGCAGAGUCUAAUUCAUUUUCUGUGGCUGAAAUAAUAAUCUAAUAUCACAUGUUGACAUCAUUGUACGAUUAAUCAUUUGUUAAUAUUUUAAGAUAAAAGGACGCAUCCGAUUUACACGGAAUAAAACAUUAUUUAUUUCAUUUCAAUCUCAAUUAUUAUGUGACAUCUUGCCGUAUUGUAUGUUGUAAACCCGCCGAACCCACGCGCCUAUAGGACGCAUAUAAAUAGGAAACGUUGGAGAGAUCGACCAUACACUCAUAUCAUAUUAUCAUUCAUCAAUUUAUCUCAUCCAGAAAGAAGUUAAGAGAGAGAGAGAAUGGCGGCAUUGCCAAGGUUCAUGGUGCUGUAUUCCGAGAGCGUGGGGAAAUACUUGAGGCACCCAAGCAUAGGGCUGGCCAUCGGAGUCGCCGCCGACAAGGCCUGGGAACCGCAGGCCAAGUUCGAGGUCGAGCCGUCGGCGGUCCACCCAUCCAUGGUCCACAUCAAGUGCAGUUACAACAACAAGUACCUCCAGCCCAUCGGGCCGGACCUCGCCGUCGCCGGCUGGAUCUGUCCGAUGGCCGACAGGCCCAACGAAAACCUCGUCGACUGGCGCUGCACCUUGUUCCAGCCCGAGUUCCGUGACCACGAUUUAACCGUGGUGCAACUGCUUCAUAUCCAGCGGGGGCGCUACGUGACGUAUCGCGCCCCCGGCAUAUCCGCGGAUGCUACGGACUCCGCGGACCCGUUGGUCCAGUUCCAGGUCACCAACUGGAGCACCAUGCUCGUGCUCCCCAAGCACCUGGCUUUUAAAGCCAACUACUAUGGCUACCUUGGCCUCGUCGAGGAAGAUGAGCUGCCGUUUCUCCGAUUCGAGAUCGACGAUCGAGGAGAACGAUCCAUCGCCAGCGAGGUUGUCCCUCUGCCCGACGGGACUUCCAUCCGCAUCAAGAACGUCUCCCGCGGGGCUUACUGGCGGCGAAACGGUGAGGCAAGUGACUUCGUCUUGGCUGAAGACGACCUCGCCACUCCCGGGCCCGAUUCUUUGUUUCAGCCAAUUAAGGUGGACGACCAAACCAUCGUUCUACGCAACUUGGGGAACAACAGGUUCGCUUCUCGGUCGGGCUACUACCUGCAAGCCAACGAGAUCGAGCCGUUCUUCAGCGACCUGGCCCUGUACGAGCUCGUCUCCUCGAGGAGGAUCGAAGACAUCGAGUUCCUGCUCGAAUACGGUUGGGUUUACGACGAGACCCUCGUCGUCGUCGCGAACCCUGGAGAACCCGUCACCAACGAGAGCGGCGUCGCUCGAACCCUGGCGGUUGAGGUCCGGUACAAGGACGUCAGGAGUUGCACUCUGAAAGCGAAUGGCCCGAUGCUGAUGAGUCUGGGCCCGGUAGUCCGUAUCCAGCCGGACGAAAUCGGGUCCGUCAACGAUUCGUCCACGAUCGAGCUGGUAGCUCCGUUCGAGCCGUCUUACCUGUGGGGUCCCCACAGCACUGAGCUGGGGGACCCCGACCGGGUGAAAGUCCACGAGGUCACGGUGCCACCCUGGUCAACGGUGACGGUCAAGCUGACUGCGAGUCUGGCCACGUGCAAUAUUCCCUUUAUUUAUACUCGUUACGACGUUCUCGACGAGAGUACGUGGAAAGAGGAGAUCUAUUUCAUGGAGGAUGGCCUGUACACGGGGACCAACUACUUCAACUUCAAGUUUGAAGAAAGUGCACCACAGCCAGUCGUUAAGGAGAAUUAGUAAUUAUUUGCAAAAGAUCAUGUAGUCGAUGCAUAUCGAUGAGUUCCAACAAUAAGUUUUGCGUACUAUAAAUGAAGAUUAAUUGCAAGUAGGUUUAAAAAAAUUGAUAACUUGGUUUGGUGUUUGCCCGCGGAAAUGAUAUACAUGAUUAUUGUACGUCGACCUAGUCGAAACAAAAUGUCUAAUGUUGUAUCCUCUGUCAUUGGUAGGUGAUACAUAGAUUAUAUUAUAUAUUCAUAAUAAAAAACAUGCGAUUAUUAAUGGACUAGUUGAUACACAUAAUUGGCCACCGAGGAUCAGUAUUUGUUUAAUGACACUAGGUACCAUUAAUUAGUUUAUUAUUCUUGAUAUUAAUUGUGUCUUUUUGGGUAUGAAAAAACUCAUCAAAGUACAUUAAUAAUCACAUGUUGAUGAAUAUAUAAUGUCUAACCAACUAAUAACAAAGGAUACGAACGUCU